CCUCCGCCGCCACCCUUCUGUCUCCACCCCCCCUCCCGGUUCCUUGCCCUCUCGUCACCGCCUACAGACCAACUCCGACGUCCUUAUAUAUACCCUUCCCGACUCCUCUGUACCUCAACUGCAAGCCAACUGUUCGAUAUAUUUCCAGAGAGCUAGAAAGAUGAACAUGACGACAUUGAUGGCCACCAGGAGAGACGCCGAGGCCGAGCUCAACUUGCCGCCUGGCUUCCGCUUCCACCCCACCGACGAGGAGCUCGUCGUCGACUACCUCGUCCGCAAGGCCACAGGCCAGCGCCUCCACGUCCCCAUCAUCGCAGAGGUCGACCUCUACAAGCUCGACCCUUGGGACCUUCCAGAAAUGGCGUUGUUUGGAACCAAAGAAUGGUACUUCUUCACUCCGAGAGACCGCAAGUACCAGAACGGGUCGAGGCCCAACAGGGCCGCCGGAAGAGGGUACUGGAAAGCCACCGGCGCCGACAAGCCGAUAUCGGUGCCGGGAAGCCGUCGGCCUAUCGGGAUAAAGAAAGCUUUGGUGUUCUACCACGGCAAAGCUCCGAGAGGCGUCAAGACGGAUUGGAUCAUGCAUGAGUACCGCCUCGCCGACGUCGAUCGAUCCGCCAACAACAACAAGGGCAAUCUGAGAUUGGAUGAUUGCGUCUUGUGUCGCUUGUACAACAAAAAGAACAACUGGGAGAAGAAGACGCAACAGAACAGGAAGCCCGCAGAUUCCUUUGACACGAAUGGUGACGAAAGGUCAGACAGUACUGCGUGGAGUGCUAAAGAUUCCGACGACGUCGAGCAUAAUUCUGGCGCCGGCGGUUUUCAGGAGGUGGAUGCUGUGAAAGAAGAGGAGGAUUGGUUCAUGGGCUUGGAUCUGGAUGACUUCCAGAGCACCAUGGACGCAAUUGGAUUUGAACCUGCAUCAGUUGUCAGUAUCUCAAACCAGGAUUACUUCAAUCCGGGUGUCAACUAUCUGGAGCAGAUCCAAUCAAACAAGCAGCUGUUUUGGAAUUAGAUUUAUUCCUCUGUAGAUAGUAGGAGGAAGAUAUACCAGAAUAGGAUGAAAAGAACAACUCUAAACGUGCCAGUUGCAGAAGGUUAUAAACGUAUCUCCAAGAGGAGACCAGAAUAGGAUUCUUCUGUGUUUGUUCUUCCAAUUUUGGAACAGAGAUACUCUAACAUGAAGGGGUGAAACUGAUCCCUUACUAGCAGAUUGAUGAUUUUUUAUUUAUUAAUUUGAUUGUAAAAGGAGUUUGGGAAUUCGGUCACUCCCCUUUGCUCUGUCACCUCUAAUUAUGAUAUAGAUAUAGAAACGCUCGGAUAUUUGUUAACAGUUC